AUGGAAUUAACAAAAGAGAAAGUAUUUAUGUUUUCUGAAGAACGAGAGAAAUUUAAGAAAUUUAUUAAAGAAGUUAAUAAAGAAGAAAAAGAAGGGAAAUAUUGUUUCUCAGGAACAGAAUUUAAAUUUAUUAAAGAAAAGGCAAAGAAUGAAAGAGUAAUAGAAGGAUUAGAUACAGAAAAUGGAAUAUUACAUACGUUAUUAUAUAGAAUGAAAAAUGGAUUAAGGAUGAAUAAAUAUUUUGGAAUAUUAAGAAAUAUUCAUAGAAUACAAAAUGAAGUAAUAAAAAUUCAUAAUAAAUUAAUAGAAUGGAUUGAAAUAAAAUAUAAUAAAGAAGAUAUGAUAAAAGUUAUUAAUAUGAUUAUAGGAGAAAUAUUAAUGAUAAAUAAUGAAAGAGAAAAAAUUAAAAAAGUAGUUAAAAUAAUAGAAUGGUCAAUGAAUAUGGGACAUGAUAUAGUAAAUAAAAUAAUAUUUGAAACAAUUGUUGUUAGAUUAGAUACUAUUUUACAAACAAGAAUAAGUGAUUUAAAUAGAAUUUAUAGAGAGUUUCAGAAUCUUAUUUUGAAAUAUUCAGAUGAAGAAAUUAAAGAAUUAAAAAAAUUACCAAAAUAUCUUGGAGAAGAAACAGAAGAUUCAAAGAAAACAACAGAAAUAAUAUUAGAAAAUGUAGUUAUAGAACAAAGAAAAACAAAUAAAAUUCAAAGUCAAAUAAUUACAAAGAAAAGAGAAGAAAAUAAACCAAAAAAAAAAGAGAAAGAUAUUAAGAAAAAGAAACAAUUAACAAAAUUAUUAAGUAAGAUGUAA